UGGUAACAGAACUGAAUCUACAUUUAAACAUGUUUGCAGUAAAAAGAAUUUUCAGUAGAAUACAAAUUCCUUUAUAUAGACCUUACACCAUAAAUUCUAAGCUAAUUGAAGUUACACAUGAAGAUGAUACAGGUAUUGCUACAGUAUCAAUGGCAUGCCCACCUGUAAAUAGUUUGAAUAGGGAACUCUUAAAUACUUUAAACACAUCUCUAAAGAAUAUACAAAAUCAAAAGUGUAAAGGUGUUAUAUUGUCAUCUUCAUUACCAAAUGUAUUCUCAGCAGGCCUUGACAUAAUGGAAAUGUAUGAUAGGAAUGAAAAGCAACUAACUGAAUAUUGGCAUACAUUGCAAGAUACAUGGUUAACUUUAUAUAAUUUGCAAAUACCAAUAGCUGCUGCCAUUAAUGGUUCCAGUCCAGCUGGGGGAUGCUUAUUAGCACUUUCCUGUGAGUAUAGAGUUUUAGUUGAAGGAAAACAUACCAUAGGACUAAACGAAACAAAAUUAGGAAUUGUUGCUCCAGAGUGGUUUAGAAAUCUUUACAUUGAAACAAUCGGUUAUAGAAAAGCUGAAAUAGCACUUUUACGAGGAACUCUAUUCCAUCCAAAAGAGGCACUAGAAAUCGGACUUGUAGAUGAAUUAGCUUCUGAUAAAGCCAAUGCAAUCAAAAAAUGUCAAGAUUAUAUUAACAGUUUUAAAAGUAUACCUUCUAAAGGUCGACUAAAAACAAAAAUGGAAUUAAGAAAACGUAAUUCACUUUGGUUGAAAGUAAAUAGAGGCAUGGAUCUAAAUGAAUUUGUAACAUUUGCUCAAUUACCAGAAGUACAAGCUGGUUUAAAAUUAUAUAUUGAAUCUUUAAAGAAAAAAUAA